ACUGGGCACGAGCAGGAUUGUCUGGGUCAUGUACCAUGGGGGAACCUGUAUCUCACUCAGUAUUUGAAGCCUUGACUUUUUAUACUCAUGAUAAAUCUUUCUGUGAAUUGGCUCAUGGAGUGCACGUACAGAGAUUGCCACAUAAGCCUAGAACAGAUGUUGAUCCCUGUGAAGUGUGGUGCAGCCUGCCAGUUGACACAUUAAGAGAAUAUUGCAACGUUAUUAAAAUACGCAUGUUUUGGCCUCUUCUCUUCAAGAAAUGUGACAGUUCUAUGGGGGCUGAUUGGAAUAGUCCACAGAUCUUAGACCAGCAUUGGAAGAGACUCUGUGACAUAGAUAUUGGGGAAGACCUUAUUGAUUUACUGAAAAAAGUUGUUAACGUUCCUCUUUUUAUCCGUGGCAUACUGAGAAUGGGCAGUGGAAUAGAAAACGGUAUCUUUAAUGUAGCAGAUGCUCUUGGCUGGGUCAGAUACACAGGUGAUGUCAAUGUUCUGCAAACGCUGGAGGGCCUUCCAGAAAUUCAUGAUUAUGUUUGGAUCUAUUUUCAAAUAUUCUUUAUUGAAAGCAAGCAUUAUAUUACUAAAGUUGCUUUGGAAGAUUGUAAUUUAGUUGAAGAAUUUGAAACUAUGAUCUGUGAAAACUGUAGGAAGAACAGUGAAGCUAUGAAACAGAAAGGAAAUGAGGAGUUUUCACAAAGAAACUUUGAUCGUGCUAUAAUGUCAUAUAAUAAAGCCAUAGAAUUAUGUCCUACAAACCAUCUUCUCUAUGGAAACCGAGCUAUCUGUUUAAUUCUCACAAAACAGUACAAGAGAGCCCUUGUUGAUGGAAAAAGAGCCAUUCUUUUGAAGCCUGAUUGGCCAAAGGGUCACUACCACUUUUGUAAGGCGCUGUCAUUACUGGGUGAACACAAACUGGCCUUGAAAGCUAAUGAGAAAGCUCAGGAACUAUGCAAGAAUAUUCUUGAUGGACUUAAGGAUCUUAUUCAGCAAAAUGAGAUUUUGAAGAAGGCAUUAGAAGAAGCCAAUGGUAGUAAACAGCAUAAACAAAACCCAAAGAAGCCACUUGGGAAAAAAGACUGCAGUUCUUCAGAAUCUGAUUUAAUAAUACCUCAGCAACAAAAAGAGAUAGAAAAAGAGAGAAAGAGAAUACAGUCUGAUCCUAAAAACUGUCAUCAAAAGCAUGAUACCAGGGUCACUGACAUCCAAAGAACAAAAAGCAAAGGUUCGUCUCCAGAGCGUCAGCCAAGCCAAAGCCAUCAAAACAAAGGAAGGCAAAAAACCAAGCCUAGUGACUCUGAAAAGACGAGAGAUCACCUUGAUUUCAAGACAGAGUCUAAAGCUAUCCAGGAUAAACUCACCUGUCCUGUGCAACAGGUGGAUUUAGCUAUGUUGCCAGAAGAGAUUAAAUCCCUCGUUCAUGACGGUUAUACAGCCUUGAUGGACCAGCGGUGUCACAGUGCUGAACAAGCCUUUUCACAGUUGUUGAGUGUUCUAAACCCUUCGGAAUUAAAGCAACUGAAUCUUCAUAUUAUUAAUUAUGUUGUACUCAUCUAUGGGCAUGCCACUGCUCUUCUUGGAAUAGGACAACCUGAGGCAUUGACAAAGGCUGAAGGCCAGUAUAAGAAAAUAAUUGAACAGUAUCAGGAAGAAAGAUUUGGUUGUUUGGCAUACUAUGGAAUUGGAAAAGUAUACCUCAGACAAAACAGAUUUUCAGAUGCACUUGAUCAGUUCAUGAAAUCACAAACAAUGGUUCAUCACAAGAUUGUACCUGGAGUAUUAACUUGGCCUACAUCAUCUCAGGUCAUUGAAGAGACACGAAUGGAGAAUUUACAGUUGAUUUUAAAGAAUUGUAUUGAGGAGUGCAAGUUCCCUCCAGAACCAGAUGCAAUUUGUCGAUAUCAGCAAUGUCAUGGCCACUCCAAAAUCCAAAUAUUUUUUACAGAUCCAGACUUCAAGGGUUUUAUACGUAUUAAUUGCUGUCAGCAAUGUAGAGUGGAAUUUCAUAUCAGCUGUUGGAAAAAGCUGAAAACCACAAACUACAGUGACAAAAAUGAUAAGGAUUUUCUUCAAGAAUUGUGUUUCACUCCUGAUUGUACAGGCCUUAUUUCAAAAGUAGUUAUUUUCAGUUCUUCUGGUCUGGUAAAAUGUGAAUUUGAAAAAAAAAUCAUAAGACCCAAGGAACCACCAAGGGCCAGUAUUAAGCAGAAGUGUUCCAGUCUUAGGAAGUUAAAAAUGAAAGAAGAAAGAAAAUUACGAAGAAAGCGUGCACGAGAAGAGGCACGGAAUUCUGCUAAAGAGAAAAGAGAAGAAAACCAGAUGGGAAAUGAACCAGCUCAAUACAGUCAUCACAGUGGUUAUGCUCAGGAUUUACACACUGGUGAUCAAGUCCUGCAGCAUAUCAGCCGAAAUGCUGAGCAAAUGAAAACGUCUGUCCGUGAUACUUCCAAACUAUUGAAGGAAUUACUUUCAUGGUUUGUAAUCAGUGAAGAGGAUUACACGUUGUAUUCCAAAGCUAGCAGCAUGUCACAUGAAGUGAUGGAGCAGCUCAUCAGUUACUUAAUUCAGGAAAAAAACAGAGUGAAAACAAGGGGGUUUAUCCACGUGCUGAGUGAGCUGGAAGAAGUGGAUUCCAAAUUACACAAGUGGCUGACACACCUUAAUAACUUGGGUCUGACAGCUACAAAGAACUUUAUCCUUCAAUAUGAACAAUUUCUAAAAGAUCUUGACUUUUCUAUUUUAAUCACACUCUGGAAUGAGAAGUAUGGUAGUAAAUUUGACUAUGUGAAAAGUAGUUCUGAAGGCAAUGAAAUUUGUGAUUAUUUCUUAAAACCACCCCUAGAGAAAACACGUUGUUUUAUAUGGCUGUUAGAAGACAACAGAGAAAAUUUUCCUAUUCUUCAUCAAGCUUUAGAUGAAUUCUUUGAUAAAAUGGAUGACCCUACCAUUAUAUUAAAGAAGCAGGGAAAUGAAAAUAUAUUGAAUAAUGGUAUCAAAGUUAAAAACAAAAUCAGGAAGAAGAACACAAAAGACUCAAAGUCUGUUUUAGUAUUAUCCAGUGGAGUUAGUACAGCAGCACGAGAAGAAGAUGAAAUAUUUAUAGAUGAAAAUACUUUAGAUUUUACAAAUUCUUAUGAACCAUUUGCAAUCCCCCAGUAUCUUCGGGCACAAACAGAGGAAUUUGAAGCUCUUAUGGGGUAUUCAAAUAGUGACAGCUAUCAAAAGAUAUUGGAUGAAACUUAUGAGAUCUUAUAUGAAUGUUUCUCUCAACUCUUAGAACAACAUGGCCCUUUGGAAAUGAAUGAUAAAUUGCUAGUGGAGGAAUAUGAAUGUUUCCCCGAAGAAAUUCAAAAGAUUGUAGAAGAUGAAGGUGGUCUGAAAUCUGUUCUUCUGAAAUCCUGUCGUUUCAUUAUGGUGGAUAAUCUUAUUGGCUUAAGAAAGCAUGCAGAUCUUAAUAAAGAAAAUACAAGCAGAACUGAGAUUGGAGACAAUGAAGAGGAAAGUUAUAAAGCCUGUAACGUGCAAGAAAAUUCUUCCCAGAACAAGCUGCAGUUAAAUCCAGCUGCUAAGGAAUUCAUACCAUGGUCUUAUCCUGAAAAACCCUCUAUAUCAACAUCUACUGACUUAACAGUAGCAUGUUAUCAGCCUCCACAACAUUUUCCCUGGUCUUUUCCAACUUCAUGCAAAUCUUUGAAUCAUCAGAGCAUCGCUCCCAUACAAAAUGAGUCAUCCUAUUCAGACGUCUCACUGAACUGCUUUGAUUCUAAAAAUCCCUGCAUAUUUUUGCCUGAGACUUCUUGGGGUUAUCCAUAUGCGAGGGUAUUGCUAAUGCCUUCUCCAGUGCCUGUCCUGUCAGAUGUUGCUAAGCAACCUACUUAUAUUUAUGCUGAGGGUGUAGCUUGUCAGGAUAAUGAUGAGUCGGCAAUUUCAGACAGAAAGAACCUUCUCAGCACUUCUAGACCGACUGAAAUACAAACAUCUGAAGACCCUCAGUGCCAGCUGGAGAACUCGGAUAACACAGGUUAUGAAGACAGUUCUGCUGUUACAAAUAGUACAGAUGAAGCCAAAUGUGAUAUACAGGUUAUUAAGAAGGCAAAAAAAAGCAGAGGUAUACCUCUAAUGAAAAGCAACCCUCAUACAAGGAUUACAGCUGUUCAGGUAAAUCAUGAAGUAGCUGAUAAGGAAACAAAUACUUUACCUUUUCAUCCAUUUGAAAUGCAACAAGGAGAUAUUCUACGUAUGGAGAAAGAGCAUCAGGUAUUAAAAGAACAACUUAAAGAAGCAGAGGAAAAACAUGAACAGUUACAAAGCCGAAGCUCAGAGGAAAUCAGUGCUUUAAAAGAGCACCUGAAGAGCAGCGUUGAAAAGACUGAGGUAUCAAAGAAUGAACUGGAUUGGUUUCAUCAAGAUUUAGAAAUACAAGUGAAAAAAUGGCAACAGGAGAAAAAAGAAAAUCAAGAGAACUUAAAAGCACUAAGGAACACCGUUAAAAAGCAUGCAGAUACCAAUGAUAGGUAUUCAAAGAUCAUUGAUGAGAAGGAAAAGCAGUACAACGUAUCUUUAAAUACAUAUCUUGAUACCAGUAAUAAAUUCGCUAGUGAGAAACUAAAAUUGGAAGAGCUUAUAAAAAAGAGUGAAGAUAACUGCCAGGAUUGUACGGAGAGAGCUGUUGAAGCAGAGAUAUCAGUACUCAAAAACUGGAAGGAAACUGAAGUAUGCAAGCUAAAUGGCAUAGCUGCUAAUGCAGAAGAAAACCUCAAGAUGCUGAAGUUGUUCAGCAGCAGCUCAGCUUCAACAGCACUUAUGCUGAAGUCACAGACUGAUUCCUGGGAAAUAUUUAUUUCGAAUGUAAAGAAACAACUGGAAAAAGUAGAGACUGAAUAUGAAGAAAAAAUUCAGAUGGUGAAAAAUGGUGUCCGAAACUGCCUCACUAAAGUGGAAAUUGUGGAUCUUCCUUCUCCUCCCAGUGUCUUAGCAAAAUAUGUCAGACCUCCAAUCAGGGAUCGAGCCAUCGUCAUGUGUUCCUCUGCAUCGGCACAUCCUAACGUACUUCCAGCAUUUUCAAGUUCCGAAGCUCAGGGUCCAACACACGCUUCAUUUAAUGCACAGGCCAGAGUCAAACCUUCUUCUGCAGCUGGUGGAUCACAAAAAACACAAACCAAACCUCCAGAAGUGUCAUAUUCUGAUGAAAUUUCAGCAGCUUCCCGGCUGGGGAGUUCUGGAAGUAACACUCCAAAUAUCCAGCAAAACCAGAACCACCAACUGAGGGCUUCUGGACUUCCAAACAACAAAAUGAUUCCAAAAGCAUAUGAAAAUAAUAUUAUUGCCCAUCUACAGAGUACAUUCCCAAAUCACAGCAGUUCAGACCUUAUUAGCUUCAUAGAAGAAGUACAAAGAAGAAAUGGGAAUACAUUGUCAGGUUUGAGCUUCAGUGAAAUUCUAACCAGAGUGGCAGAACUCAUUCUGGAUCAGCAAACUAAGACACCAGCUUCAGCAGGGAGACCUUUAAAGUCGGCAUCCUCUGCUGCACCAGCUCGGAGUCAAGAAGUACCUGCGGAGGAAAAUGCACCCAACCCACCCAAGGCAAGAAACACCUCAAGUAAAAAUCCAUCUCGGCCACAUCUCCAGCCCUGGGGAAAUGUUGGACCAACCCCUAAACCCAAAUGGAGAAAAACAGACUAUAGUGGCUCCAGUGAUGAUCCUUGCACGAUAUGUCAUGAUGAGCUGGGCGAAGACUUGUGUGAACUAGAAUGUGGGCAUCGUUUCCACGGAGAAUGCAUUAGAAAGUGGCUUAAGCAACAAUCAAGUACCUGCCCUAUCUGCCGCGUCCAUGUUCUGUUACCUGAAGACUUUCCUGAGUUUUCUGCACACAAGAGAUAUUAAUAAACCUUGUUUUAUUUGAACACAUUAUAGCAAGAUGCAAAGUGACUGCAGAAUAACCACCUUGGUAAGGAACAGGUGCCUGGCAAGGAACAGAGCCCUGGUUUUAUUGGAUUCAUUAGUGGAACUCAGACUGAUUCAGUAUUUGACGUCUCAUGUUAAGAGGCAAGAGGCUGGUACUGCUAUCACACCUGCAGAACCAAGUCAGUGUGCUCCAAGAUCCAGAGCUUUUUGGCUAAGGAAUAUUGAAAUCAGUGAAUCUACUUUUCUUGAAGUAUGGUGUGUAAUUCCUAUAAAGAGGGAGCUUUCCUUCACAGCUUAGCCCACACUGCAAAUAAAUUCUCCUAUCACAUAGGUGACCUGAAUGGUAGACUACCAGAGUUUGGCACAGCCAAGACAUUACCUUCCUCUGGCAUAAGCAGUAACAAUUUAACUGCAGGCUUCAAACCAGGCUUGUGAUUAUUAUGAAUGCUUCUCAUGGAAUUGCAGCUCCCUUACCUGCAUAAAUUCAUAGCUAAUAAUUAAUUUAAACAAUAACAUCUAAAAGCCUUGCUUCAAAAUUUUACUGAAGUAUUCAUGCGAUUUCUUUCUUUUUGUAUAUCGAGUGGCUUGAUUCUUUAAUCUCAAAAAUAUGUUUUCAAUUUCUCUCAUUGCUGAAGAGCUGAUUUGUUUAAAUAAGAAUUACAGGAUUUUUAUUUUGAAUGAAGCAGCAUUGCAAUCUGUAUUCUGUGCAUGUAUCUUCAUCAACAGUGAGGUACAGAAUACAAAUAGCUGAGUUUGACAGAUUAUCUUCAUCACUGCAAAAUUUGUCUCAUAAACAGCCAAAAAGCCAGGACUAGAGGGUGUAUGGCUUAACCUCUCUGAAAGCCUGUUUUUUGGACAUAAGCAGUGGUAAAUGGAUUAUAGGAGAUGAAGUUCACUAGUUCUGGGAAUCCUUUGUUCCUCAAAGGGAGCGUGUAACCUCCAGAUGAAGUUGUAAACUGUUCUGCAAUUAAUCUGUAUGCUACUUGGCACUUGCAUUAAAAAAAUA